CUGCUCUGCGUGUACGCGGAGUGACGGGUGGCCCCUGCACUCCCGCUGGACCCCGCCCCGCUGGGCUCCUCCGCCCUCGAUGUGCGCCCGCAACUGUGCCAACACAACAAGCAAUUGCUGCACCAAACAACCGCAAAAUGUCACGAACAGCAGCCCUCUCUUCCUUUAUUGAUAGCGCACCGCCGGGUGAGCUCGCGGAUGUCACCAAAGCAAUCAAGUCAAUCCUCGGCAACGACUCUGUGCAGAACGAGCUCUCUCCCGCAUUCCAAAAGUACAACGAAGAGCAAUUCGCUACGACCAAGCUCCCUGGCGGCAGCACUGAGGUCCUAGUCAGCCAGUACAACUCGCUGGGCGACGGCAGGUACUACGACAUUGACACGCAGAGCUCGUUUGAUUUCGACCAUGUCACUGGCAAGGCAAGCGCCGUGCAAAGCUACGUUGUGGAAACUUCCAACGACGACCUUCUCAAGAGCCUUAACAAAGCCCUAAGCACACACGCUGCAGAACACUACCCCAAGUCCUCACACGGCGUGUACCCGAUCCCUUCAUCCUCCAACUUCGCCAUCAUCACCGUCGCAAACAAGUACUCGCCCACAAACUACUGGAACGGCCGCUGGCGCAGCUCAUACACCUACGACUCGUCCUCGGGCAGCAUCACAGGCAGCAUAAAAGUCGACGUGCACUACUACGAAGACGGAAACGUACGCCUGCUUACCACCAAGGAGGUCAGCGUUAAUGGUAGCGGUGCCAGUGGACCGGAGGUCGUGAGGAAGAUUGCAGCGGAGGAGAAGAAGUACCAGGAGGAUUUGAAUAAGGCGUUUGCUAGUUUGAGUGAGGGCGCGUUCAAGUCGCUGAGGAGACAGCUGCCGAUUACCAGGCAGAAGAUUGAGUGGGAGAAGAUUAGCGGGUAUAGGUUGGGUCAGGAUAUUGGUGGUGGAAGGAGGUGAGAAGGUGGCUUUGCACAGACGAUGAUGGUUUGUCAAGAAGGUUUGUCAAUGGGCGGAGGCGAUUCGUAGCGAUAUACCUAGCAGGAAUGAAGUACUGAAUGCGUGUGAAUGAUAAACUGUCCUUGGUUUAUCCAUCUGUAUACCUCAAUGAUGCUGGAGGAAUAUGGCAUGGUUUCUGAUGGAGCAAAAUGGGUGUCAUACGCAUAUACAUAAUCGAGAGAAAAACAUAACUCAGAUCCGGAAGAUUGACGGAAAUCAACAAAAAAACGCCCGCUGAUUGGAGAGAGACGAACAAGCCUGUCUCUGUCUCCCUCUCUCCCGACCACCACCCUGAAGACAAAGGAG